AACGCGAACGUAGUAGGAUGUUUAAGCAAAUCAAACGUUAGUUAUAGCUACAAGAUACAACAACAUAUAUUUAUUAAUUUAUUCUCAUUUAUACAAAAACACACACACUCAAGCCAAACACAUUUAAAAAAAAAUAAAUAAAAUUAUACCUAUAACGAAAGAAAUAAGAAAAAAACGUAUUGGAUUUAAAAUCAUAACAACAAGAAUUAUUUAUUAAUAUCAUGAAAUAAAUAUUGAAAUUAAGUGAAUGAAAAAGUGAAAAAUAUACAUAAUAAUAAUAAAAAAAAACCUACAAAUUUGGAUUACUUUACAACCGCAGCCGAGACAGCAGCAAAAAUACUACACAAACACACCACACAUCACUUAGCAACACAACGUGAAUGAAAACAAAUUGAAAUUCAAUUGAGAAAAACGCACAAUUUUCAAAAGAAAACUAAAUACAAAAGUUAAUAAACAAAUUUCCAAAAUCUGUGAAAUUUUGUUCAAAAGUGUUUUUAAAAGUGCUAAAAGCAAAUAUUUUUUUCAAUAAAAACGUCUUAUGCUCAAAAUGAAUUUUAAGCUGAAAACAAAAAAUAUCAAUCAACCACAGCAGCAUAAUUUCAAGCAAUUGCAAUUUAAAAAUCAUUUAAAACGAACCAAUUUGCCACCAAACAAAAAACACAAAAAAUCAACAACAAUUAAUAAAUUUCGUAAAUUGUGUGAAAUUAAAACAUAAAUUUUGUUGAUUUAAACAACAACAAACAAACAAAAUUGUGAACACUCGUCUAAAUAUUUUUUGAAAAAAAAAAAAAAAGACGAAAAUAUUUCCCAAAAAAAGUGAAAAAAGUCAAACGCCAGUUACAACAAGUUGUAACCAAACUUCUAAAAACAUUGUGGAUUAUUUAUUAUCAACAAGCGCACAAAAAAAACUUGAAGUUUUUUUUAGCAGCAACAACAACAAACAAUUUAAAAAGCAGCAGCUGUUUCUGUUUCAACGACAAGUGGACUUGACUGCCAGCAAACUUAGCAAGCAACUUUAUACUCAACUCGACACUCAAACAAACUACUUACUUAUUACUACUAUUGCUGCUACUACUACUUUAACUAUAUAAGUUUAACAACUACAAAAGACUUUUGAAUUAGAACAAAUCUAAAAUGGCUCAAAAUAUCACAGAAGCAACAAACACAACAGCAGCAGCAUCAGCAACAAAAUCUUUAGAUUCAACAUUUGAAUCGAUUAUUAUAGACAUUCCACAAGCUAUAACAUUCUCAUCGGCAUCAUCGUCGUCAUAUGAUACUGAUAGUAGCGUAAAUAGUACAACAUGUUGUACGAAGCACAAUGAACACAUUUACAUGCAGAAGCCACAGCAACACCAGCACCAUCUUCAUCAUCAUCAUCAUCACCACCAACAAAGUGAUUUGAAAUCCUCUUUAAACUCGGACAUGGAGGCUGUAUAUUUUAAAGCUGAUCAUCGGAAAAGUUGGCCCAUAUUCAUUUUACUGAUUUCACUAUUAGAAAUCGCCGUGUUUGUCUAUGACAUUUUGACAGUACAAAAGUACAACUCAAAAUCUCAGGACUUACCCUUGGCCAUACCCACCGAUUCGGUGUUUAUCUAUAGGCCCGAUCGUCGUUUGGAGGUGUGGCGUUUUAUCUCGUACAUGUUUUUGCAUGCCAACUGGUUCCAUUUGGGUUUCAAUGUGGUCAUACAAUUAUUCUAUGGCAUUCCAUUGGAGGUCAUGCAUGGCUCCCUACGUGUGGCCAUCAUAUAUUUUGCCGGCGUAUUUGCUGGAUCCUUGGGCACCAGUGUGGUGGAUUCGGAGGUGUAUUUGGUGGGCGCCAGUGGUGGUGUUUAUGCCCUAUUAGCAGCUCAUCUGGCCAAUAUCACUCUUAAUUAUGGCCAAAUGAAAUAUGCUAUUGCCCAGCUGGUAUCAGUGGUGAUAUUUGUAUUUUGCGAUCUGGGAUAUGCAUUUUAUACACAAUAUCUAGCCGUUGAUGUUACUAUGAGCGAAGCUCCACCAGUUUCGUAUAUAGCUCAUUUAACUGGCGCUUUGGCUGGUCUCACCAUUGGCCUGUUGGUGCUCAAGAAUUUCGAGCACAGGGCCUAUGAGAAUCUCAUUUGGUGGCUGGCCUUGGGCAUCUAUUGCGCCUUCACUGUCUUUGCCAUUGUGUUCAAUUUGAUCAAUACAGUGACGGCUCAACUCAUGGAAGAACAGGGUGAAGUUAUUACACAGCAUUUGCUGCACGAUUUGGGCGUUUCAUAAAUGUUUCUGAUUUGUUAACGCCAAUUAAACUAACUAACUAAAUGAAUGUCCCUGAAAUACCGACAUUUUUUUGUAUAUUAUUUUCUUAAAUUAUUUCUAUUCUAUUUUUAUACUUUUUUUUAAAAAAAAAAAAAAAAAAACCCCCCACUUUUGUUAAAUUUUUAUUUUGCCUUUUUUACAAAAAAAUGCAAAUAAAAUCAUUAAAACUAAAUCAAAGAGGAAAAACAAACAUUAAAACGUGAAACCAUGAAACAAAUAAAACAAAAAACCCAAAUUGUGUAAAACAAAUGUUGUGAUAAUACCAAAGACUGAAUUUACUUCAUUAAAUAAUAUAAAAUAAUAAAAUUAAAAUUUUAUUACUAAUAUACACAUAAUUAUAAAAAGAAUCAUUAAAACAAACAAAACAAAACAAACAAACCAACAAAAACUAUUAAUUUAUUAUAAUUUAUUUAUAUAGAAAAAAAACUCAAAAAAAUAUUAAGUAUUUUUGUUAAUUAUUAUUAUUUAUUAUUUAUUUUACAACUCUUAAACCUUGCAUUAAAACAAACCAACAAAAAACCUAAAAAAUUUCUUAAAGAAACAAGAAAAAAAUUUGAAAUUUGAAAUAAAAACGAAAGAAAAACUCAAAAUAAUUGCACACUAGUCAAACCUACCCCUUUUUUUUGUUUUUCUAAAAACUUGUUAAAUUUAUGUAUUAUUACAAAUAAUCCAAAAAAUAAAUUUCUUAAAUAAAAGAAAAUUAAAAAAAAGUAGCAAAAAACUCAUUAAAAAAUCAUUAAAAUCUAAAAAUCCAGCCACACUACUACAACUCAUACAAAAAAAAAGAAACUAAACAAAAACACACACACACAAGUAUUAUUAUUUUAUUAUUUUGUUUUUUCUUAUUGUUUUUUAUUUUAUUAAUAAUUUAUUUAUUUUUAUUAUUAUUAUUUGUUUAAAUUAAAUUAACUCAUACUAGAAAAACAAACAAACACACACAAAACAAAUCUGUAAAUCAUACAAAAAAAAAAAACACACAAAAGUAUAUAAAUUCAAACCAAAGAUUAAAUAAAAAAAAUAUAAAUUAAUAAAUAAAUAAAUUGUAAAACUUAUUAACUGUUACAACCAUAAUCAAGACAGCCCUUCAAAACCCCCUAUUGCCAUUUAAUGAAUCUCUAACUCCCACCCUCCCUGUAGUUAUUGUUUUUGUAGCUUUAAUUUAUCUCACUAAAUUAUUUGAAAUAAUUUCCCCUCAAUUGUUAAUCUAUAUACAUAUAACUAUAUUCAAAACCAAUAUCCAAAUCUCAAUCCAAUUCAAAUCAAUCUAAUCUUUAACUAAAUGCCAAAAAUUGUAAUCAAAUCCUGUUUGUAUUAAAAAAAAAAACACAAAAAAUCAAAUCCAACAUUCAUAUUAUAGAAAAAAAUACUCUUGUAAAAAAAAAACAUGAGAAUUAAUAUAUGUAUGUAUGUGUCUAACCAAAUGAAAAAAAAAACAAAACUAUGGAAAAAAAUAAAAAAUAAUAAUAAACAAAAAAUAAAAAGAAAUGUUAUAUGAAAAAGAAACAAAAAAUCAAA